GCCCCAGAAAAAAUGGCCAUCCUCGACUUAAACGUUUUGUACUCUUUCGUUAAUUUGUUAUACCUUAUCAAAAAUCUUACAUUGGACAACAAGACACAAAGUUCGAGUGCUAAAUUCAUGAUAUUCAAUUGAGUCACGCUGAGUCAUAUGGCAUGAUGUCUUUCAUACUGAUUGUAAGGUUUGAACAACGCCGACCUAACCCAGAAAACUUGGAGUGUGUUUUGUUGACUAUGAACGCAUCAUGCAUGACAAGGCGAACAAGUGUCCACAAUAUUAACCGCCAUUCGUAGCCUGAAUGACUUCAAAGCAUACACAUGUAUAAAUACCUAUGCGAGAAUGUAGGUUCACUUUAUAAUAGUACAACACGUUUUUUCAACUUAAAGCCUAUAGGCCUUGGCGUCCAAAGCUGUUGAUUUAUAGUUUACCUACGGCGAAGAAGGGACUGUUCUUAAUUAGGCCUGUGUAUCGCACCUGUUAAGUCUGUGUAAGCCGAGGACGCGUCCAUGCAAGAUUUUCGAUAGGAAGUCUGUAAAGAAGAUGAGAGCGUCCCCUCCUGCUAAUUGACGCCGUAUUAUUGAUAGUCUUCUGUGAUACAGUACCAUGGAGUGGUUUUGGAUCUUCGCCUUCACGAUGGCGGCGGUUUGCUUAGUCGGCGGCCUGGUGUGGAGCAUCCUCUGGCGGAAGAGGGAAAACAGGGCCCUACUGGAAGCACUCAUUUUGCACGAGGAAGAUUUGGCGUCCCGGCGUGCCAGCCGACGACUGUCUGAAAUCAGUCAAGCGACCACACAAGAGGUCGGAGUAAGGCCUUCCGCCACCCCAUCCGCAUCGAGCUGUCAAUCACUCCCGAGCACAUCCAGUAAGGACAGACUGUAUCAGGCCAACAAUAAUGAGAUGGAGAUGGCAGUGAUGGCCACGCCCACUGUUGCAGAUGACAAUUCGGUUGACAAUGGUCGAGUCACGCCUUGCGACUCUGAUUGGCGGGCAAGUCCCCGCACUACUGAGAGUAAUACGGUCGAUACCGACUUCACCGGCAGUGUGAGCUCCCGUCCUACAUCUGCAUCGAGCGGAAAUACGUCAAACAAGGGGGAUGCAACGGAAAUUGACAACAACAACUGGGCCACGCCCGCUGUAACAUUCAGCGACGCCACCAAGCGGGGAAACUGGAAAGUAAAUCGGAAGUCGCGGCUGGAGGCAGACGACGAUUCGAAGGAUGCUAAGUAUAAACUGAUGCAGAAUGAAAAUUAUGAUGCUUCGAGGGUGUCAGGGACUGUAAGGUCGACAGAUCAGGAUCCUGAGAAGGGCCUGAUCUUGAAUCCCGCGCAGUCCUCCGACGAGUCAGAGGACGAAGUCUCCUUCUCAACUAAGAUGUAAUUGUUGUUCAUUGAUUUUUUCCGGCAGGUCGCCAUCUUGGUAGCCUCGUAGAACAUCUAAAACGUAUAGAACUGUAUCAGUUUCUACCAGGCUAUGUUGAAAACCAAGGUGGCGCCUGGUAUGGAUCAACGAAAUAGGAAUGACAUGCUGGAAUAUGAUGGUGUUCGAGAAAUUGUCUCAAAUCCUGGAUUUUCACAUUUAGAAAGUGAGACGUCUCAGGAACCCAUCGAAUAGUGUUAUAUUGUGGAUAAAAGGUAUCGAGCUUAGCAAUGUCUGCUUAGUUUUACCUUUUUUAGAGAAGGGUUGCGUCCUUAGAUGCCGCUGCAAGGGAAAUUAUAGUAUUUUUAACCCGGUAAAGGUCCCUAUCAAUGUGCUGUGUAGACGCGAUUUAGCCGGUUUCGGUUCGUCUGUUUCACAUAGGUCUAUUACAUGUAAAAUAGGCCUUUUGUACUGGCACCCUUCAAGCGGCUUAAUAGCAUCUACACAGUAUAUACGCGCCUCGGUAAAAGUUUCACUCCAAAGGCCAUUUUACGAGACGGACGAACGUCGCCAAAGAUAUCAAAGGCAUUGCAUCAGUAAGAGGAGCAGCAAUUCGGACUGAUGAAACAAACCCAUACCGCAUUUUUUCAAGAAGAAAAAAACAAAAACUUUUUAAUGUUUAUUCAAUCACUUAUAUGUAGUUUAUUUUCCUUGAAUAAUAAAA